AUGGACAACUUUGAGGAAAUUAAAACAGUCCUCUGUGUAGGCGUGUUAACUGCCACGUACCUAAUGGAAACAAACCGUGUUAAGGCGGCUAUUGACUUACUCAAGGAAUGUCUGAUUCUCCUCGAAAACAACGCCCUGAAAAACGCUGGAGCAUAUUACAUGUCUAUAGUCAGAUUUUACUGCGAAGAUAUAUAUAGUAAGAUGUACAGCGCGUUAUGGCCCACUGAUGAUCUUGAAAGCACGAUAGAAUGUGGUAGAAAGCUUCAGACCUUACUACGAGAGAGUGGCAAAAAAUGCGACGGCGGGUGGGUAACUUUUCAGCUGGGGUGUUUACAUGAACGUCAAGACAAAUAUCAAGACGCGAAAGAGCUUUUUUUAGAAGCACUCGGUAUCAUGAUAGAGACUGGAGAUGCAGGAGGAGAACUACGUUGUUCGCUAGCCCUAGGCAAAGUGCUUGCGGCUCUCGGCGAGUUUGCUAAGGCCCGACCAUAUCUCGAGAAAGCAAUUGCAAUUGCUAAGAAAAUUGGCGACAGGGAAAUAGAGGAGGUAUGUCACGCGUACCUGGGAGCAGUGUUCAAUCGUCUUGGUGAGCAUUACAGGGCUGAAGAAAGUUACAGAAGAGCACUUUGCUACGCAAAGGAAUUAGGCAACCACAGUAGAGAAGCCACCUACUUAGGAGGCUUAGGAGCUGCGUUUGAGCUUCGCUAUCAAUUCAAUAAGGCGGAAGAACUUUACGAAAAAGAACUUACCAAGAGAAGGGAAAUGGGUGACAAAAAGGGGGAGGCCAGCUGCUUAACAAGACUAGGAAGUGUGAUUUGGUCAGUCCAUGACCUUGUCAAGGCUGAAGAGUACUUCGAAAAAGCACUAGUUAUUGCAAAAGAAAUUGGCGACAAGAAAGGGGAAGCAAUUAAUUAUGAACAUCUAGGAAAUGUGUACAAAUCUCUCAGGAAAUUUUCUAAGGCUAAAGAAUUUUACGAACAAGCAGUUGCAUUAUGGCAAGAAUCUGGCAGCAGAACGGGAGAACCAACAAGCUAUAGUUGUCUAGGAGGGGUGUUAGUUUCCCUCGCUGAUCAUGCAUCAGCUAAAAAGUGUUAUCAAAAAGCAAGGAAAAUUAGUUUAGAGACUGGUAACACAAAGGAAGCUUUACUAAAUUGCAUACAAAUAGCAGGAGCUUGUUAUUCUCUCGGUGAAUUUGCCACGGCUAAAGAAUAUUUUGAAAAAGCGCUGGCAAUCGCAGUAACAACUGGCGAGAGAAAAGUAGAAGCUUUUUGUUAUACAACUCUUGGAACAGUGUUUGGUUCUCUCAAAGAGGACCACAAGGCGAGUGAAUAUUACAAAAAAGCGCUUGCCAUCGCAAGAGAAAUUGGUGACAGAAGCGAAGAAGCAAACGUGAGUUUUCUCCUAGGAUGUUUGUUACCAAAACUCUUUGAAUAUCGCAAGGCUAAAGAAUAUACACAGAACGCACUGUUGCAUUGGAAAGAAAUGGGCGACAGGCUUAAAGAAGCUUAUUGUUACGAUAGUCUUGUCUCCACUUGUUGCUCCCUAGGUGAAUUUUCCGAAGCUGAAGAAUAUUACGAGAAAUCACUUGCAUUGAGCUGUAAGGCUGGAGACAUUGAAAGUGAGGUAAGAAGCCACCUUCAUUGGCUAUUAAUCAAGCUAUCGGAGGGGAACUUACAUGAGGCUGAAUCGCAUAUCUCUGCCAGCGUUUCUGGGUAUGAGGAUAUGCUAAACGCGAUGGGAGGUAAUGAGCAGUUCAAGAUGUCGUUUCUGGAUAAAAAUUUAAGUGAUUACCACGUUUUCAGUUUAUUUCAUAUUGUAAAAGGGAGGCAUGCUAAAGCUCUUCAAACUGAAGAACUUGCCCGAUCCAGAGCAUUGGUGGACUUAUUAUCAACUCGUUACUCUGUGGAAGGUCAAACGUCCACCAGUGCACAGGCGUAUGUUGAUCUUCAUGAAAUCGUAAAUAAUGAACGUAACAGUGUUUUUCUGUAUCUUUCGUAUCCGUUGAAAAAGUUCCUGUGUACGUGGAUUCUUGCAGCAGACAAACCGAUACGUCAUCGGGUAAUUUGCAUCAGGAAAUAUUUAGGUAGUGAGUUUUCGUCAAGAGGUGUCGAUGAAGUUCUUAGCAACGAAACCUGGAGAGAAGUCCUAGUUGAAAACCAGUGCGAAGAUCGAUCUUGGUUUCCUUCGAACGCCUGCAGCUCCACCCAGAAAGAAUUUCCCAAACUACAAAAAGGGAAGGAUGAACACCAAUCACCAGAACAUACUCUUGUUGACUGUUACAAAAUGAUCAUCGCCCCUGUAGUUGAUUCGCUCGUUGAGUCCGAAAUUGUUGUUGUUCCCGAUCGCCUUUUUUUUAAAGUUCCAUUUGCAGCACUGCAGGAAGAAAAUGGAAGGUAUUUAUCAGAGAGUUUCAGGAUCCGCAUCGUGCCCUCUAUGACUUCUCUGAAGCUCAUUCACGACAGCCCAGAAGAUUAUCACAGUCACACCGGUGCACUGAUAGUGGGGGAUCCCGAGGUUGGAAGCGUGCUGUUCAAGGAAAGUAUUGAGGUUGUAUCGAGGCUGCCUUCUGCAAGCGAAGAAGCAGAGAUAAUUGGAAAACUGCUCGGUAUUCAACCUCUGCUAGGAGAGCAAGCAACCAAGCAGGCGGUUCUUGAAAGCAUAAAUUCAGUGAGUCUUAUACAUAUCGCUGCCCAUGGUGAUGCUGAAAGAGGGGAAAUUGUCCUUGCCCCUCCACCCGCCAUCAACAGGACUCCAGAAGAGGAAGACUACUUGUUGACAAUGGCUGAAAUUUCCCAAGUUCGGCUGAGAGCAAAACUUGUGGUCCUUAGCUGCUGUCAUAGUGCAAAAGGACAAAUCAGAGCAGAGGGAGUGGUUGGAAUUGCUCGAGCGUUUUUAGGAUCCGGUGCACGCUCAGUGUUGGUGGCACUGUGGGCCAUAGAAGACAAGGCAACAAAACAGUUCAUGAGUCGUUUCUACGAGCACCUUGUUAGUGGGGAAAGUGCCAGUGAAUCUCUUCACCAGACCAUGAAGUGGAUGAGAGAAAACGGCUAUUCCAAAGUGGGGCAAUGGGCACCAUUUACGCUCAUUGGAGAUAACGUGACGUUUGAUUUUGGAACGAAAGGUUGGUAUCAAUCAGUGAUUUAUUUAACAUACUUUCAAUUCGACCCUCUUCCUUCAGUAAGGGCCCCUUUUUUAAUGAGCAGCCGCAGGCUAGUGGAAGUUUGUUAAAAACGCUCUCGUAAGUUAGUUCCUUUAUUUAUUGUCGCUUACGCAUUCUAACAAGCGCCCUGAUCACGUAGGCACCCUUACCUUAAGCCCUUAUUCUAUUAGUCCUCAUAGAUUGUAUCCUUUUUUUUUCUAUCACAAAAUUCGUCAGGUGUCAUUGAUAUCAACCGCUUUUCGUCUUUCUUUUUUAAAUGAAGAUCAAACACGGCCGUUAUUUGGAACCGUGAUGUCACUGGCACCUCAGAUGACGCCACAAGAUCACCCUCCAUAAUAAUGUAGUAUUGGAACGGUGACGUCACUGACACCUCAAAUGACGUCAUAAGAUCAUUUCUUUAAAUGAUUUAUUAUAACCCUCAACGUUUCAUAAUAAUGUAGUAUCAAUGUCGAUAUAAAACCCAGUGAGGUUGGAGUUAACAGCCUUUCCUUGGCCACAGAAGGUCAAAAACAUCCUAGCUUGGAUAGGGUUAAAAUAUUUCUAAUUUUCCGUUGAAUACAACAGGUUUAUAAAAAUCUUAUUUACUUACAUAUUCACUCAGGAGUACCCAACGAACUUUUUUCGCAAAAUUGAUUAUACAAUGUAGUAAAUGCUAGCAGAGUGCUUUUACGUCAACCUGUUCACUCUGAUUACCCGUAGAGUAUGUAAUGGUCAUGAAUUUUUAGUUUGCAGUGCCGGCCAAGAUGAGCAGAGCCAAUGAAGCUAUAAUCUCACAAGCUUUGUACGGACCUGAACUGAGAGGCAACGAUUUGCUUUAUCAACUGUUUUGUGUUCACCUGAUUGAGUUAGCAGGGGCCCAACGACUGUUUUCCGAAAAAAUAUCUGUUCGAAGAAGCAAGUACCGUAAAUCCUCUAUUAAGAACUAGAAUACAACGCGUAAAAGCUCAAGUACGAGAAGUUUUAGGUCAUGCAGCCGCGGAUCAGAAUCAAAUUCCAUCUUCCAGUUAUUAAACCAACCACCCCGGAUCAAUCCACACGAAGUUUUACAGUCGUUGGUGAUUAAUAGAGUCUAUAAUUUAUUAGUGUAGAAUAAAUAGGGGAGGGAAGGGGGGUUUAAUAGAGAGGGGGAGAUUAUUACCUUCCUUCCCCUGAAAAGGGGAGGGGGGCUUAUUUGAGAGGGGGGUUUAAUAUAAGAUUUACGGUAUUGCCUAGAAUUUUCUAUUGCCUGAAGACGGCUAAAAAUUUCAUGAUAACCGUUACUGUCCUGUUCAAUUUUCGAAGCUCAUCUAAUAAAUUCCCUAUGAUUUUCGGAAGUUUAAUUUUGCACAUUUCACUCCCCAGGUUUGGAUAUUCUUCGUAGAAAAAAGGAAACCUAAAAAGUUUUGGAUUCAAAAAUGUGACAGAAGAGUAAUCAGAAAAAAAUCUCACUUUCGAAAUACAUUUAAUUGCAUCUUAAAUUGUCAGGAAAAUAAAACUGAAACCCUCGUAAUUUUGAUAACACUCAAGUUCCCCUUGGAUGACCAAACAGACUCCAAUUUUAGAGCGCUGCUUAGAAUGCAUUCCUAGAGAUCUACAAGUACUCUGAAUAGCUUUAAAAGUGAUUUCGAUGUAUUCAGGAGGAAACCGUCGUUGGGUGCCUCUGAGUUAGAUGUACUUAGUCUUAGAUUAUUCAACGUUUCGUUAUGAUUACAUACCAGAGUGUAUAAUGGGCAGAGAGAGAAUUUUAGGGCUUAGGCCAGGACAUGUGAAUUUCAUUAACGUUAUUUUUAGAGGUUGUAAUGAACGGGAAGUCUAAUUCCUGGGACGUCCGCAUAAUGUCCUAUGAUUCUCUCGUGACAACACCGAAUAACGAUUUGCUGACCACUCUGGAUACAAGCUUUCGAUUAUUAGAGACCUUCGAGGACGGCUAGGGGCACGAGAUUUGACUGAAAGUUUUUUCGCGUAUUCUCAAAAUAUAGACUCCCCGGAAAGCUUCAUUUUACCAUUUUUCUCUUAAAAAGUUAGCACUGUUUUAGUGAAGGAGGUUACGCCCUCUCCCGAUCGCAAAAUGUUAAAACUUUUAACAUUUCAUAACUUGUUUCCGCCACUUUGACAUUCUCGCUAAGACUCGUAGUAGAGUGGCGACGGCUACCACGGUUUCCCACCAAAAUGAUGCCGGUUCACGCGCAAGCACUAUUUAGUGCUGAGAAAAUGUCGAACUCGUUGUCGUACUCGUCUUAGAAUCUAAAGCUCUCUAAUUUCAAACGUUCAAUUGAUCUAAAACUAACUUACAAAUUCACAUAUCCGAAGGGCUAGGCUGGGCGUUUCCCUCUCUGUCCAAUUAUUCUUUCUUGUUAUAUACCACGUCCUAGCUUGAUAAGAUGCUUUCCUGAUUGUUAUGAUAAUGUUAGAAUUAUGAAAAAAUCAUUUCAAGGCCAUUACUCUGGCCCAUCUAAACAUGACGGGGCGAGGCAUACUUUUGAAAACAUUUAGCCCCAUAUUUUUUGAAACCACUUUGAAGCUUUGGUGAACAGUCAGAGUCUUUUUUCUUUUUUGUCGUUAUUUGCAUCGAAAACUGAAGUGAGCAUGCAUACAUUAUACAAAAUGUUAGCCUUGAUUUCCUUUAGCAGAAGCUUUUAAAGUUAUUGGCAUUUUUCCCGAUUAUUGCUGUUUGAUUUCAAAGGUUACAAAAGAUCAGUUGGCCAGUAAGAUGGGUUUCCUUGAUUACAUACGGAAAUCAUAAUGAGUUACUGAACUGGUUGAAUAAUUUGAAUGGACACUUCGUUUAUGCGGAACUGUUCAAUAUUUUUUCUUUGUUCACACGGAACUGAAUAACCCGGUUGAAUCUUGUCAGAGGUUUUACUAUUUGCCAAAACGCAAAGCGCAACUUAAAUGGCGUCUUCCAGCUGAGUUACCAUGCAUUUAUCAACAGGCCAUACAACCACGCCUUUGCCGUUCAAAACAUUGGACGGUCGUGGUUCAGUAGAUUAACUACCGUACCGGCUAACAAUUUGACCUCAAUUUUGGCGUUCAAAUUUUUGAACGGCCCCUCCUCGUCCGCAGAGGCUUCCGCUGGAUAUUUCAAUAAAAAUAGCGAUAAUGGAAAAGUAGAAAGCGCGCGGUGGAUGAUGGGCCCCGCGCUCUAUUUUUCUCUUUCUUCCCAGCCUCCCUACGACACAAAAGAGGCCUCUGA